AGUCGCAGCCAGCUGCCGUAAAUUAAGUGAAAGAAGAAGAACGUCUCGGUGAGAAGAUAGCGAAGUCGUCAGGAGCUGCCCGUGGCCUUGAGAGACUGUAAACGGAGGUGAAAUCCACGUGAAGACGCGUCUUGUUUUUGAAUUUGUGGACACAGAAUCCAGGGCAUCCAGGUUCAAGUUAAGGAUCGUGGACGACAAUUUUUAGAAGCUUAUUAGCAAACAAUCCAACCAUUUUUUUUCAAGCAUUUGAGCCACACGAAGAAAGAAACCAGUAAACCUUGGGAUCGUGUCAUGUCUCGCCGAAGAAGCCGCAGCGCAUCACCAGGGCGUUAUUCACGCUCCUGCAGCAGCAAUGAUCCUAGAGAUUUGGAGAGACGGAUUUUUGUUGGGAAUUUGCCGACAUCCGACAUGGAAAAGAAGGAUAUGGAAGACCUGUUCAGCCCAUAUGGGAAGAUAGUCGGCGUAUCCAUGUUUCGUGGGUUUGGAUUUGUACAAUUUGAACGCGUUGAGGAAGCCGAAGCUGCAAAGGCGGCCCAACAGGGUCGAAUAUAUAAAGGUUAUAAAAUAGAUGUAAAUAUGGCAGUGGAGCGACGGCAAGCUAAACCUCAAUCCCAGCAGAGCCCUUCACGAAGGGCCCCGUAUAGCAGCUACGGGGACAGCAAAGACCUGCGGCCUCGGUCACGUUCACCUGCUUAUGGGCGUGAAGGUCGUGAGCCUAGGGACGCCCGUGAUGGACGUGAGCCCCGGGACAGCCGUGAUGGGAGGGACUCGGGUAGAGAGCCUAGACCGGCUGGCCACUCUCGUGACCAUGAUUACCGGUACCGUAGCUCAGAGAGCAGAGACAAGGACCCGCGGGAACCUGCAUACAGCAGAGAUGAUUAUGACCGAUACUACCGCAGUGGUAGUGCUGCUGAAGAAUAUUACCGAAGGAAGGAUGAACCCUACAGGGACCCAUACAGAGAUCCCUGGAACGGACGCCGUGAGCCAGAGGUCCCCUUGAAUCCCUCAGCUGUAGAUGAUCGUGCUCGACCAGAGGAGCGUCGGCGUAAUGAAUUGUAUAGACAGUACUAUGAAGAACUCCAGCGGCGCUACGACACUGACCGUCCUGUUGACUGCUCUGUGAUUGUUGUCAACAAGGCACAAAAUUUGUACUUGUGCUUGAAAAACAACUGUAGGGAGUAUGCUGAGACAGUCGGGCGGAAAGUCCGUGAUCUGGGCAUGGUGGUGGAUCUGAUCUUCCUCAACACAGAAGUGUCACUAACCCAGGCACUGGAGGAUGUAGGCCGAGCCCGCACUCCCUUUGCCAUCAUCAUUACCCAGCAGCACCAGGUCCACCGGUCCUGCACUGUCAACAUCUUGUUCGGGACACCGCAAGAGCAUCGAAACAUGCCAAUGCAGGAUGCCAUGAUGCUGGUUGCCCACAACUAUGACGCCUACAAAGUUGAAAACCGUGAAAAAGAACGUGAGGAGAUUGCCAGAAAGGCUGCCAAGAUGGCGGACGAUGUGUUACUCAGGGAGCCUGACAGAGAGAGCCACCCUAUUUCUGUGCUCACUGCCAUCACGCUGUUGUCUGAAAACAGAUUUGUAACCCCAGAGGAACUGGAUGCACUUCUUGCGUACCUGAAGGACAAAAGAGCCCGACUGCUACGAAGCGCUGCAGACCCUCUUGCAGCUGCAGUCCAUUCUGCGGUUCCUGCAGCAGCCCACCAUGAUGUUCCGCCCACAGCUGCAGGACUGCCUGCUCCAUCCCAUUCUACUCACACACCCCCACAGUCCAGCCACCUCGGCCUGUCAGCGGGUUCAAGCGUCUCGGCUAACCCCAAUCAUCAGCAGGAGCUGCAGGCUAAAAUCCUCAGCCUGUUCAACAGUGGCACAGGGGCGUCAACAGGCACUGGAGGCCUGCCUGUCACCUCUCAGUCGCAGUCCUACGGCCCCCCUUCCCAGAACCCACCCCGCCCAACCAUGCCUGGCCUUCCUCCAUCUGGAUCCCAGGGUUAUGGUGCCCCACCACCUCCUGGCCGCAUGCCACUUGCACCAGGCGGUCAAAGACCUCCCGGCUCUGCUUCAGGUAUCAAUUUUGACAACCCAAGUGUACAGAAAGCUCUGGACACCCUCAUUCAGAGCGGACCAUCUCUCAACCACCUGGUGGGAACUGGCGCCUCUCAGCAGCCACCACCCAGGCAGGCACCCAGCAUGGGCCAGGCCCCGCCUAUGUCCAUGUAUCCCCGACAUUACUGAUGGAUUGUAGUGAAUUAAUUAUUCUCCUAAUGUGAGGUCCACCUCUGCCUCUGACACACACUCUGUGCGGUGAAUUUACCAGCUGUGUAUAGGUAGACUGUAGGGGUGUUUUGUAAAAUCUUAAGUUUUUAUUUUUUUUCUGGGUAUUGUGCUCAGUUUGUUAAAUUUGACAACUUGUCCGGAUUUCCUAAUGUUCUGUAUUUUCAAUUAUUAGCCAGAAGAUAAUAAAUCAUUCUUCUUGCAUGUGAUUUAAACUGUGAGGUGUGUCAAGUACAGUGUAAUUUGGUUAUGAUGGACUCCUUAGUUAUUUUUCCAACCAUGAUCUGUUGUGUUUUUAUAGUUUUCCAAAGUGUCUUUUUAAUUUGUAACAUUUUCAUUGUCAAAACAAGACAUGAUUUAAAAAUUCAAGACACAAUUGCUGUAAUAAAAUGGUAUUGGUUUAUUGCA